AUGGCUACCGUCAAACAUCAGCAAAGGAACACUCGCCACUACUUUGGACAAGUGAAGAACCUUGUCCGAGACGGAUUCGGUGUGUACGUGUAUCCAAAUGAGUUCUUUCGCUAUGAAGGCGAAUGGAAGAUGGGGAAAAAACAUGGACAUGGCAAACUUAUGAUGAAAGAUGGAAGUUUCUAUGAGGGCGAAUUUGCCAACGGGGAAAUGGAAGGGAAUGGGUUAAGAUACUGGGCACGAACAGGUGACUCCUAUUCUGGUCAGUUCAGCAACGGUGAGCUCCACGGCCACGGAGUGAUGCAGUAUGCCAAUGGAGAGAGGUUUGAAGGAGAAUACUCCUACGGCCUGAGAGAUGGACAUGGAUUCUUCCUAGAUAAAGAGGGGAGUACAUAUGAGGGCGCCUUUCAUGAAAAUAAGAAACACGGAGAAGGACUUAUGAAUUACAGGAAUGGGGACCAGUAUGAAGGAGACUGGCUGCUCGAUCAAAGACAAGGCCACGGAGUGAUGCGCUUUGUGGAUGGCUCAAUUUAUGAGGGUCAAUGGAGGAAUAACCUCUUUAAUGGCCAGGGGACACUUAUACACUGCUCUGGGGUCAUCUACGAAGGCACAUGGACAAAUGGGAGGCCGUCUGGUGGUGCAUCUAAAAUCGUGAUCGAGGGAGGGGAUGUGCUGGAAGUCUUCCAAGGAUCUCCGUUCACUGUGGAAGUGCAUCUUCAGACAGACAAUGGAGAAAAGGCUACAGGUGAAAAUGGACGGGUUCUGCAGGUUUGUGCUGGUGUUCGACUAGUCGGUCGCACUCCCACACCAACUUCCUCAAGCCUUUUCAAGCUGAUUGAAGACAUGGAGGAGAAACCUAUUCCAACACCAUUCGGGUUCGAGUUUAUUAGCUACCCUUUGAUGGAGAGAGCCUUUGAAAGCAAGGACUCCAGAGGCAGAGCCCCCCUCGCUGUGGCUAAAUCCGGAUUUGCACAGGCUGACUCGCCAGUCCCUGAGGGGGAAUGGGAGUCUGGAAGUGGAUCAGACAGCAUGGGACUUGGAGGGGGUACCCCAAGCUACCUGGAUGGUGAAUAUGUCAUCAUGGUAAAAGAGGUGACCAGUCCUCCUUUCCUGGGCCACACCCUGCCCCCUGCCUUCGCCCUGCUCAAAGUGGUUCCCGCCAAAACCAGGAGCAAGACGGGCCGCACGGACGGCGUGAGGACCUGCAGGAGGAGCAUGCUGCUGGCUGACAGGCCCAGGCUCACCCUGGAAUGGGCCCUGCAGACCCAGGAUAGGAGACCGGAAGUAUAG